UCCGCGUGCUAGGCAGUUUGGGCCAUCCAGCACCGUACCGCGUUCUACCCAGGAGAAGCCGACCCCGGCCACCUCGCCAGGACCCCGUGAUGCCCGCACCGCAGUGCGCCUCCUGCCACCAGGCGCGCGCCGCCCUCCGCCGUCCGCGCUCGGGCCAGGCGCUGUGCCGCGCCUGCUUCUGCGCCGCCUUCGAGGCCGAGGUGCUGCACACGGUGGUCGCGGGCCGCCUGCUGCCGCCCGGCGCCGUGGUGGCCGUGGGCGCCUCGGGCGGCAAGGACUCCACGGUGCUGGCGCACGUGCUGCGCGAGCUGGCCCCGCGCCUGGGCAUCUCGCUGCACCUCGUGGCCGUAGACGAAGGCAUCGGCGGCUACCGGGACGCGGCGCUGGCGGCCGUGCGGCGGCAGGCGGCGCGCUGGGAGCUCCCGCUCACCGUCGUGGCCUACGCAGACCUCUUCGGGGGCUGGACGAUGGACGCCGUGGCCCGCAGCACGGCCGGCACCGGCCGCAGCCGCUCCUGCUGCACCUUCUGCGGGGUGCUGCGGCGCCGGGCGCUGGAGGAAGGGGCGCGCCUCGUGGGAGCCACGCACGUCGUGACCGGACACAACGCCGACGACAUGGCGGAGACGGUGCUCAUGAACUUCCUGCGGGGCGACGCGGGCCGGCUGGCGCGGGGCGGGGGCCUGGGCUCGGCGGGCGAGGGCGGCGCCCUGCCGCGCUGCCGCCCGCUGCAGCUGGCCUCGCAGAAGGAGGUGGUGCUGUACGCGCACUUCCGCCGCCUCGACUACUUCUCCGAGGAGUGCGUGUACGCGCCCGAGGCCUUCCGCGGCCACGCGCGCGACCUGCUCAAGCUGCUGGAGGCGGCGCGGCCGUCGGCGGUGCUGGACCUCGUGCACUCGGCCGAGCGCCUGGCGCUGGCCCCGGCCGCGCGGCCCCCGCCCCCCGGCGCCUGCUCCCGCUGCGGGGCGCUGGCCAGCCGCGCGCUCUGCCAGGCCUGCGCGCUCCUGGACGGCCUGAACCGCGGCCGGCCCCGCCUGGCCAUCGGCAAGGGCCGCCGGGGGCUGGGCGAGGGGGCGCCGCCGCCGUCCGGACCCCCGACGUCCCCGUCCCCGCCCGGCCUCGGCUUCUAGAGACUCCGGGUCUGCGCUGGGAUCCGACGACGUGGGAGCGCGGGGCCGCCCGAAAAUGACACCGUGAAGGAACCCGGGUUACCUUAGCCCGGGCAUCGGGGUGAGGUUGGGAAGGGGACGGAACCCGCUGCCUGCGAUCCUGCAGAAGCUGGGGCUCUGGGCUCCUGGGGAUGAGCCCGGGACUCCUGGGUGUCGAGAGGAGAAGACUGAACAAUUCCUGAGCGAGUUGGGAGUUAGGGGGCUGUUUGCGUGUACCUCUGUGGGAUUCUGGGCGUGCUCAGAUAAUCCUGACCUUCUGGAGCGCCUACUGUGUGCCCGAUGUUUCAUGUUUACCUGUAGUGGGGUAAACAAAACCACAUAACUUGAUGGGCACGUCAGUUACAGCAGUCAUGAUGCUUCUGUGUGAGCACCGUGCAUACUGUAGGCGCUGGGCCAUCUCAUUUCAGCCGCACCACGAUCUCAUUGGCUGUAGCCUGAGGCCCAUAACUGGCCUGAGGUCGCCUCGCUGGAGCCCCGACUGGAGGCUCACAGCCAGGUCUGCCUGGGGCUCUUCAAGACGGUGGAUUUAGUCCUUACCCCCCCACCACCCGAAUCCCCGUGUGAUGGGUGGGGAAACCGCUGGGUGGCUCCCCAGACCUCAGAUUUCUGGAGGCAGAGCUGGGUGAGCCUGGGUCAGUGACUUAACCUCUCUGCUCUUCCAUUCCUCUGCUGAAAAUGGAAUCAAAGCCCCCUACCAAAGCACUGUUGUAUUUGAGAAAAGUGCUCAAUAAAUGAUCUCCGACUUGGUUGUUCAUAUUAGAGUUUGGCCACCAGGGGGCUCUGGUUUCAGGGUUGCUUCCCUGCCCAUCCAGACAGGUGUGAGGCUCCUAAUCUUCCUGCCUGAGACCUGGGGAGACUUGGCCUCCUCAGUCCCUCCUCAAGCUUUGCUGGGCUGGUCCCUUCUCAGGAGUGCCCUCGUUUCCCAUCUUCCAGCUCACAUCCUGGAUCCAGGGGCCUCCUGGAAGUGUCCCUGAUUCCUCCCACCCUGCCCAGCCCAGAACAUUAAGACUUUCCCAAACCCCAGCCCCUGGGUCCUGUUCUCUGGCCACCCCACACUCUUUGGGUCUCGCUUUUCCUAAUUAGAUUGGGCUGGAGGGCAGGGACCAGCUGCCCCGCCUCCCUGUGAGUUAAUUGAGCAUACGGUCCAUUAUUCAUUCAAUAAACGUUUAUUGAGCACCUCAUC